AUGCUGAAAAUAGUAGUAGUUGGAGAUACAGGAGUCGGAAAAACUUCAAUCAUUAGAUCUUUCAUAUAAAAUACCUUUGAUUAGAACUACAGACCAACCAUUGGCGCCAAUUUUUUCUAAAAGUCUGUGCUAAUAUCUGGUCAGGACAUUAACUUGCAAUUCUGGGAUACGACUGGAUCCGAGCGAAUAAGAUCUUCAUUUGACAUAUAUUUGAGAGGGUGCUAUGGAGCUGUGCUUGUUGAGGACUAUAAUAAAUUCAGCAAUCCCCUCACCCAGCAUGAAAGUCUGAUGAAAUUAAAGGAAUGGCGCAGGCUAUUAGACUAGAAAACUCAGUUAUCAGAUGGUCGCCCGAUUCCACUGAUACUUUUGCUGAAUAAAGUCGAUUCGUGCGAGACCAAGACUUAGAGCACAGAUACCAAGAGCAAAGAUGAGCCAUCUUACAAGGCAUAGGAUCACGACGAUAGUGAUAAAUACCUGAUCUAAGGUACUGCUAGAGGAACUUUGACAGAAGAUUACUCGUGUGACCAGCAAAUUGAAACUUAGAAACUUAAAGAAAUUUUAAAAAUUGACUUGAUGUUCAAAACGUCAGCCAAGACUGGUGAGAAUAUAAAGAAGGCCUUUGGAAUUCUGGUAAAAGAAAUUCUAAAAGAAGGAUCCUACAUUGAGAGGUAGGAGGAGAUGAACAAGAGCAAUACUUACUUGACAAAUUGCAAAAGCUCUCUAUUCAUGACUAGUAAUAGGAUAGAAACAGAUAUCUGUAUAAACAAAAAAAGCAUAAAACUAUGCAAGAAAUAUUCCAAUUCAAUAAGCCAAAAUGACAGCAAAGUGUGCUGCAGUAGAAAUAAAUGCUAUAACUGA